AUGCCGCCAGGAGGAGGAGGAGGAGGAGGAGGAGGCGAAGGCGAACAUGGGUACGAGAAGCCGGCGGAGGCAUUGCCGCCAGGAGCAGGAGGAGGCGAGCACGGGCAUGUGUACGGGGAACCGGCGGCCGCCCACGGAGGGCAACGCCGCGACGAGGAGGAUCCAUCCCGUUCUUCCCCGCUUCCGCCGCCAUUGCUGCCCGGCCUCCCCGUCGUCUCCGUAGAGUAUGAGGAGGAGAAUAAGAAGAAGCAGAAGCACGAGCAGGCCGAGGUGAGCAUCCCCGAGGACAUCCUCAUGGAGAUCCUGUCGCGGGUGCCCUACAGGUCGCAAUGCCGCUUCAAGUGCGUGUCCAGGCCAUGGCUUGCCCUCUGCUCCGACCGCGGCGUCCGCAAGAGGUCCCCACAGACGCUCUCCGGAUUCUUCUACUUGAAUCGCGGUUUACGCUUCCACAAUUUGUCGGGGAAAGGCCCUCCGAUGGUCGACCCUGAUCUCCCUUUCUUGCGCAGCACCUAUGAAUGCUUCUAUGUCGAACAAUGCAGCACCAGCCUUCUCCUCUGCAAAUGCUUGAAAUCGCCCCAGCCUAUGCAACACGGUUGGAAUUCAUUUCCAGAAGGUGAGCCUAAUCAAAGCUUCACAAGGACCGAGGCUAAUGGCGCCGAUUAUGUUGUCUGCAACCCUGCUACCCAGGAGUGGACUUCGCUACCUCCUAUAAAAUUGGGCGACCUGGCACACGGACACCUGUACCGUUUCUCCCGACGCAAAUACUUUUUGGGUUUUGACCCAGCAGUUCCUUCCCGCUUUGUGGUAUUUGUGUCCCUGAUCCCAAAAUAUGUUGGCCUCUCCAUGACAAUGUUCUGCUCAUCAGAAACUGGGGGAUGGACUGCCAUGCAGGGUCAGCGUCAUUAUCUCAGAACACAUCGAUUUGGUGCCUUCCUGAAUGGCACUAUGCACUGGUAUACUCGUUUGUCAAUAGUCACAGUGGACAUGAAGGGGAAUGCUUGCAUGGAAAUUAAAAUGCCACCUGCCAUUAUGAAAAAUGACAGUGCUGUUCCUUUUGUUGGGCAGUCGCAGGGACGCUUGUAUGCUUCGAGUAUAGACAACCAAGAUGGUUGCCAACUCACUGUUUGGAUUCUUGAGAAUUAUGCUACUGGACAGUGGAACCUAAAGUGUACUGUUAGCUGCUUGGAACUGAUCGGACGAGAUUCUCUCAAAGAAGGUGAGUGCUACCGGACGUUUGCAAUUCAUCCGGAUUGUGAUUUGAUUUUCUUUACUGACGGUAAGGAGAAGGCAUUGUCAUAUGAUAUGACUAACCAGGAAGUGCAUGUUGUCUCUUCUUCUGGAGAUUUCCUGGGAGGUCUUCCUUACAUUCCCUGUUUUGCGGAGUGGAAAUCAGACGGUCACUAG